GCGCAGUCAUUGGGAAAGUAGUAUUCAAGUAACGACAGUUCAAGCAAGUACAGACCGGUUCUUGAAGCAAAGAUGCGCGUAUUCAUUUUGACCGCUUGUGUUUUCUGUGCUUUGGCAGCAUUGUUGUACACGACAAAUGCUGAGCCCAUACCACAAGGACCACCUCAAGGAGUACCGCAAGCGCCACAAAAACCCGCUAUAGAGAGUCGCUAUCGUCGUGCCGCUCAAGGACCACCUCAAGGAGUACCACAAGCGCCACAAAAGUCGGCUAUAGAGAGUCGCACUCGUCGUUCCGCUCAAGGACCACCUCAAGGAGUACCACAAGCGCCUCAAAAACCAGCUAUAGAGAGUCGCUAUCGUCGUGCCGCUCAAGGACCACCACAAGGAGUACCACAAGCGCCUCAAAAGCCUGCCAUAGAGAGUCGCUAUCGUCGUGCCGCUCAAGGACCACCACAAGGACCGCCAGGUGGUGGUAUGGGGGGUACGAUGGGUGCUGGUAUGGGAUUCAGCAUUGGUGGAAGCGCAGGAGCACAGGGUGGUGCUCAAGGUCAAGGUGGUGCGAAAUAGUCUACCAAAAUGAAUGGAUAAUAUUGGGAUAUAAAAUUCUUCGAUAAUAAAAAAAUAUCAGUGCAGCAAAACAAAAA